UUGUCAUGACAACAGGAAGCUCAAUGGCUGCCAACUUUUGUUUACAUUAGAACAUGAAGAUAAAUCGCUAAAGCAGGUCAACUGUUGUAAGAACUGCACCACUGUCAUAAUGCCACUCCUCUGGACAAUGGAUGCUCAUCUCUUCUUAGCAAUUUAAUUUUUGUUUAGUGAUGUGUAACAAAUGGCGGGAGCUAGUAAAAUUUGCAUACUAAUGAGGCUCAGGGAACGGGAAAGUUCAAUCAGACGAAGUGUAAACAAGCUGAAAAUAAGAAGAAAACUAUAAUGGCCGCAGCUCAUACUUUACCCCCUAUACAAGGGGCCAAAGCAGGGGGCAGUUCUGGAAUGAUGGGCUCCAUGAAGCACAGCCAGCCUGUCCAUUUUGCUCCAGCUCCCCCUAAAGGCCCCCCUAGUGGUCGCUUAAAGCCCUUACCCAAAAAGAUGAAAAGUGUGGAAAAGGAACCUGCAUUUUCCCAACCAAUGCUUACCAAACGACAAACUAUGGCGUUCCGAAAUACGUAUAAACACAACUUGUGUGUGGAAAUGUUGCAGAAUGGAUUUCAUUUAUCGUUUUGUGAACUGUUUUCAUUAAUUAAACGGCAAGAGGAUAGUCGCCAAGAUGCAGGACCAGAAUCUCUUAUGUGGUCAAUGACAUUAUUAAAAGAUGAACAUGAUAAACUGGAUGUAUUGAAAUUACACCUUACACGAGCAGAACAUGCACAGAGAAAAGGUGAUUUCCAAGAAGUAUACAGGGCUAGAUUUGAGCUUGCACGCUACUUCCAAUCGGCCGGAGACAAGUGGCUUGCAGACCACUUCUUUGAAACGUGUCUACAGACUGCUUCACAGGUUGAAGAAGAUGGUGGGAAGAUGCAGGCUGAGGGCUUCUGCAACGUGGCCUUAGCACAAGAGGAAAACUGCGAGUAUGCAGCUGCAGCUGAGCAUUUUGAGGCCUACCAUAAGCUGGCUGUACAAAAUAAGGACUGGACUACAGCUGAUGGCAUCUCCUUCCUCACAGAUGCCUGCAUCAAUCUGUCCAGAAUCUACACAACACUGGGCACAAAGGCAGAACCAGACAGCAUGGAGCUGAUGCUGGAAAAUCUGACCAAAGCAUACAAUAUGGCUAAAGAAAGCAAGCAAGAGAAGUUGGAGGGAGAGUCUGCCUAUAGACUGGGCCUGGCCAUGGAUGAGGCCGGACAGGCAGAGACAGCCUUGCAGCAUUUAAAUACAUACUUGGGGAUCUGUCGGUCAACAGAUGACAAGGAAGGAAUCGGGAAAGCUUGUGAUGCAAUAGCAAAGUCAUUUGCAAGGGAGGGCCGAGUAGAGGAGAGCAUAGCGUACCUCAAGCAGUUUGUGGAGGUGGCAGAGAGGAGCGGACAGGAACAGGCAUACAGCAAGGCCUGCCACAACCUGGGAAACAUCUACAACACACUGGGGAAAUAUGAUGAAGCCACAAAGUACUUUGACAAAGCCUACAACCUGUCAAGGUCGAUGGGUGAAACAGCCUCUAUCAACGUGAACCGUGUACAGUACGGCGUAGCCAUGGCCCAUCGCAUGCUGCAGGCAGUCGGCAGCCAUAUUGUGACCAACUCUCUGCCAGCCCUUGAAAGGCUUAUAGAGUGGAAGAGCUCGAGGGUGGAUGAGUUUGAUAGACCCUUCCCAGAACCAAGAAUGGAAACACGGCGUUCUUCAGAGAAAGAUUCCUCUUCUAAGUCUGAAAAGUCGUACAACCGGGAGGAGUCGUCUGUGAGCGCUGGACCGGAUCAGGAACCCCGACCUUCAUCGACUGCUGGAAGUGACAACCAAACAGAAUGAAUCAGGCCUCCCUCUUGUGUACACUAAAUUCAUUUCUUGAAAACAGGAGUAUUAUAAUUGCCAUUGCAAAUGAAAGAUUAAAACACAUAAAAUUUUGUUGUUACCUUUCAGUUUUAAAAAUUAAAAGAAUGUACCAAGUAUUCUUGAUCAACUUUAUGAAACAUUGUAUUGGUGGUUUGAAUCAAUAUGUUUAUGAAUGAAAAUAAAUACGGUGAAAAUAUUAUGAUUUGUAGAAUAAUCAGUAUGUUGUUGGAUUAGAUCAAAUGUUAAAAGACACUAUGUUAAUGCAGUCUCAACAUACUAAUCCAUAUGAUGUUCUACUUACCGGUAUAUUAUUAAAUUUUCUUAUGUGAGACAUUUCAAACGGAUUGGUAUCUACAAGUUCAGCUGUGAUAAUUAAUUGUUGGGUCUUGAAAAUACAGUGCUGCAUAUUUUAAUAAAGAUUCUGUGAUACAAAUGUAUUUUUUAUGUUAUAUUAUUUCAAAUUUUUGGGGAAAAACACGUGCUCAUUUCUACAUGUAUUUUCCUUAAUCAUCUAUUGCAAGAACUAAAUUGUUGAUAUGAUGUUUAAAAUGUCUAUGAAUCACCACUAUGUUAUUUAUCAUAUUGUAUUAUAGUAACUUAAAGUGAGUUUAACUGUGUUGACAGACUUCUAUUUUAAUGGGGAAAAAAAGCACAAUAAAAAUGUGGUUGCCAAUCACUCUGCUAUAUAUUUUUACUUCACAUGUAUAUCUAUAUGUGUAUUAUUAAUAUCCUGAAGUCGUGUUAAUACAAUGUCAACAUUUUUGCAACUAAAAUUAUUAGAUAUAUUGGUUAAAUACAAAUGAAACUGGUUGGGAAUUAUAUGUAAGCAGCUGCCUUCUAUUAUUCUGUAAAUUUGUCCAUCAAUAUCAUUGUGGCAAUCUAUCUAUCUAUCUAUACUGUCUAACUCCCCUUGCGGGUAUUAUUGACAGGUAAUCUAUUUUUGAAUGUUUUUUAUUCCAUACAUUUUUAAGCGGAGUACAUGGUCUUGAUUUUUAGUUAAUUAAAACAAUUAUUUAUUUCUGUUCAUUUUUGUAAUUUAUUCUCUUUUUCUGUUCAACCUAAAUAGACAUGUUAAUAAAUUACUGUACCUCAACUUGUGAUAACACUACAACAUUUGGUAUGCCUUUUCAUAUAAAAAUAAGAUGGCAUAUUGUUUUGCAGUUAAUGGGUCUGUUUGUCUGUUUAAAUUUUCCUGUUACAGGCCAUCAGUAUGGGAUUGCAGUCAUUCCCCUUUUGUUUGUUUUAUCAUUGCAAUUAAUUAUACCGAUUAUUGUAUACAGAUAAAUGGAACAAUUUCCAUUCAUGUUUGUAGUUGUUUGUAUUAUGUUUGUAUAUUAAAGGAAAAUACAUGAUCACUCCUAAA